UAUGCAGUUCAGAUCCCUCAGUGUAUGCAGUUCAGAUCCCUCAGUGUAUGCAGUUCAGAUCCCUCAGUGUAUGCAGUUCAGAUCCAUAGUUCUCACAACUAAUGAAGGGUAGGCUACUGGUGUUAUUUUACAUGACCUAGUAAGUUGUAUAACACUUUAAGGUUUAAUGUAAGCCGUGCUGCUUGCUAAACUUUGCUCAUAAUAUUCCAGGCUAUCAUUAUCAGUAUUUCCCUCCCCACCCACUGGGGUCAAAGGUCACGGUCUAAACGUGUUUAAUCUGAUAAGGCAUCAUUGGGGUCAAGCAUAUGUUUCACAGAAGCACCACGCAUUGUUAGUGUUUCUGUAGUCACAAUAAAUAAUUUUGCCAUACUGGGAGAGUGAAAUAGUUGCGAGAGGUAAUUUACCCUGAGGUAAGUUGGUAAUACGUGUAGCCUAUUCUGAGUAUGUACACAUCAUAUAGCAGCAGUAAUACCACAUAAAAUAGCGGCACCAUUUACUGCACAUAAAUAAUUAAAUUAAUAAAUAUAUGAAGAAAAACUUAUCCCAAGUACUUAGUAGGCUUGAUAUUCUCUAGAUUAAUAUCACAAGUCUCUUACUAAGCGGUAACCAUUGUCCUGUUUCUGAUGCCUUUCCAUAUAAUAUAGGUACCUGCCUAUUCACUGAAUGAUUCAGAAAGGGCAUGAGUCAUAAGAGGUCAAUCAACAACAGUGCGCAUCGCAUACUUUUUCCAGUUAUAUUCCAUAAAUGUAUAAAUACGAUUGAACACUGUUUCAGAUUCGUUGAAAACAUAAUAAAACCAGCCAAGACCAGCAUGGGGCGUUUGGAUGGCAAAGUUGUUGUUCUUUCCGCAGCUGCCCAGGGAAUAGGUAGAGCCACUGCCAUAGUGAGUCUCCUGGAAGUGCAAUUAUACAACAUUAGUCUACAUAAUAUUCCUUACAAUAAUAAAGAAACGAAUUUUGAUGCCUGCAUAAAAACUUAAGUUAAAGGGGGUAAAAAGACCGGGGGGGGGGGGGAAGGGGGGGGAGGGGGAAUGGGGGGGGGCAAAUCCUGGGUAGCAGACCAAUGCACUGAAGAAAGCAUGACUAAUUACCCUAAAAGUUAUUGAACUAAAAUGCUCUGUGGCAAAUUUAGCAGACCAAAAGCAAGUACUCAAUGUUGCCCCUGUCAAAACAUAGACACUGCAUGUCUGAUGUUUGCACAUGGGUGAGGGAGAGGGAUAAACAAAAAAAAAAAUUUUAAAAUGCCCAGAUUUCUAGCUCAUUAUCAUAUCUUUUAAUUUUAACAUAGGUUAAAAAAAUGAAAUGAAACGUCAUAAAUAUUCUUUGUGAAUCUAUACUCGAUCUUUUCUACACAUUUAGAGUAUGUUAAAUAUUUCAGCUGGCUGCAAAAGAAGGUGCUCGAGUUAUUGCUACUGAUGUUAAUGGAGAACUGCUCAAAGAACUUGACAGUGUGGCAGGUAUAUGGUGGCAUUAUUACUUAACAUAUUUUACUAGUGUUAGUAAAUUAAGGAAUGAAAGCUUAUAUCCAAUAUAAGUAUAUAGAAUUGAAAUUGUAGCUAGCUAUAGUCAUUGGUUGAUAUUGAUCAUAAGGAUGUUUUCUGCACUUAAGUCAUUGUGUCACACUGUUUUUAAACAUAAGCAAGGGCAAGCAGCCAUCUAUUCUCACAGAAUCAGUAGGGUAGUUCAUUUACCUUCAAACACACCAAUAGGUAUACUCAAUAUAGGCCUUAUCAUUUUGGCUGCUAUAUUAUUUUUUAAAGGAAAAAAAAAUAAAAUAAAAGAUUCUUAGAUGUCUUUCAUACUUUUUCUUUUAUAAGCAAUUGCUAUGAAACCUAGAAGGCCUGCAUCAUGUAGCAGAAUCUAGAGUUGUCCACCUUGGUCCAGGGCAUUUCUAUUAAAAAUUUAUUAAAUUUACCAAAUUUUCAAUGGGCAUUUUUGCUUGUGUCUGAAAUUAAAAUUUUGUUGUAUACAUAAUAAUAAAUAAAAUUUUACAUUUGCUAUUUAUUUAUUAAAGGUAUAGAGACUCAAGUUCUUGAUGUUUUGAAUAAAGAGGCUGUAGAAAACUUUGCAAAGUCCAUUGACAAAAUAGAUGUUUUGUUCAAUUGUGCUGGGUAAGAAUACAUAUUAAUUAACAAGAAUUAGCCUGAUCUUAUAUAACACUAACCCAUGAAAAAAAUUAUUAGUAAUGAAAUAUAAAUAAUAUUAUUUUUGUGGGUCCAAGUUUUUGUUUAAAGAUUGUCUUGAACAUUUAGAACUAAAAGAAAAUUUAGCUCUUUUGUUCCAAAGAUUUGCUAUUUUGUUUCCUUUUUUUUGUUUAGAUUACUGGUACACACAGUUUUCCUUAUUUGAUUUUAAAUUUAAAAGAAUAUUAACUGAACAUUUCAAUUUUAAAAAUCUUUAUAAAACCUUUUUUAAAAGCAUCUUAAACUAGUUUAGACAUUUGUAAACUGUAGCAUUUCUUUUGACAUAUAGGUAUCCUCUAAUGUUACUAACCCACAUAUAGGUCUAUAUUCAUAUACUAGUUAACCACUCAUUUUGUUUACACAUCGCAUAGUUUUGUACACCAUGGAACAUUGCUGGAUUGUGAUGAAAAAGCCUGGGACUUUUCCUUUAAUCUCAAUGUUAAGAGCGUUUACACCAUGUGCAAGAAUUUUGUUCCUAAGGUAAUAACCAUUAAUAUAUAUGGAACAUUAAUAUAUGAAACAUCAAUUUAUAAAACAUUAUUACAUUAUUAUCUACAACAUUAAUACAUGCAACAUUGUUACAUACAACAUAAAUAUGUAAAACAUCGAUAUAUACAACAUUGAUUAUAUGAGAGUUCAUUAUGUUUGGAUCUAUAUAAAUUCUUGAAACUAUAUUUUACAUAUGGUUUUCUAGGUCAGGAUUUUAUAAUUUUUGUACUAAUGUUCCUUUAAUUUUUCCUUGAUCACCUUAAAAUUAAAAUAAAAAAAAAUUACUUCACUUAAAUAAUUUUGAACAACAUAUCAUUAUUGUCUUCUUUCAUUUUAUGUUCAAUCUUUUUUUCAGUUCAUUGCACAAGGUACAGGGGGAAGUGUCAUAAAUAUGGCCUCUGUUGUUUCUAGUAUAAAAGGUAAGUGCAUCAACUGCUACUGAGUCUGAAGUUGUAUUGUUUAUAUAUUGUUACCAUUAAGAUAGCAGGAUCUGUAAUAUAACUAUCUAUAAAAGUCUGUAAAUUUUUUUAUUAAAGGUGCGCCAAAUAGAUUUGUCUAUGGAGCAACUAAAGCAGCAGUUAUUGGCCUUACAAAAUCACUUGCUGUUGAUUAUGUUCAAUAUAAGAUCCGCUUUAACAAUGUUUGUCCAGGUAUGAUGUAUUUUAAUAGUAUUAUACUUUGAAAAUUAAAUAGAAGUGAAGUGUGCAGAAGUGGACUUCAUUGUUAAACAUUAUAAUACAAUUAAAACUUUUUACGUUCAUUUUUUAAACGUUCAUUAAUUAACCAUAAACCAUACUGAUAAGUUACAUUAAAUUAAAAAAUUACUUGUGGUUUCAUGAUUAUGAAUUUUUAAUACAGGCACAGUGGACACCCCAUCACUAAGAGACAGGAUGGCAGCACAAGAUGAUCCAGAACAGGUUUGUAAUAUUAAUUUAAUUAUAUUGGUUGGUUUGUUUUGUUUCAAUUUUUUUAGAGAUAAGAAUUUUGCAUCUUUAAGCUUUAUUACUAUUACACAUAAUGCGCAUCCACACAGACUAAUUACAUUUUGUAUUUGCAGAAGGUUAAGGACAUAGUUUUAAAAUUUAAUGUUAGUUGGUAAUAAUGGUCUGUCAAGAAUGUAAAAAAAAAAGAGUUAUCAUAAACAAUUAGUUCUCUUGGAAGGAGAUUGAUGGAUUCUGUCAACAUAAUCAGCUGCAAAAUUAUCUUAGAGCUAUCCUUUCUAUUUCAAAAUGUAAUUUUUAAAAAGAUUUAUUGCAAUAUAAAUAAAUUAAUUUAAAUCACAAGGUACAGAAUAUUAAUAUAAUACAUUUAAUUCUAGAAAGAGCUUGCUGAUCUUAAAAAUGCAAAAGAAUAAGUGAAAGAAUAGUAGACAUCUUCCAUCUUCCAUGUUAUUUGAAAAUAAUGACUAAAAGGCCUUUAACCUAUCUUUGUAAUAGUUGAGUAGAUAUAUUAUUGAAAUAUAAUGGUAAUACAACUUAAAUCAUAAGAGAUUGUAGUAUAUGAAAUGUCGAAAACUAUGAAGGAUGUUGUAGCAUUCAUUUUAGAUGGAGUCGUAAUGUAUCUGGUAUGGUGUAGUAUUAUAUCCACAUUUUAUUUUACAAUUUUUUAGAUGUAGUGAUGCUAGAUCUUGUUUAUAAUUAAGCAUUGAUAUAUUGGUUGUGCAUCUCUCAACCAACCAAACAAAUACACACUCAUAAUUUCGAUGUCUUUAACUUCAUAAUAACUAUUGCAACUAUUUUAUAUAUAGGCCCUAAAAGACUUCAUUGCUAGACAAAAGCUGGGCAGACUGGCCAGUGCUGAUGAAAUUGCUAGUCUAGUUAUUUACUUGGCUUCUGAUGAGGUAGGUUAAGUCAUGACUUGGUAUUCUUGUUUAUAUAAACAAUUCAAGAUGAGCAUUACUGAAAUGUCCCAUUUCUACAACUUAAUUUUACGACUGGGAACAUAUGGUGACUGGAUCUAUGCCUCAUCAACAAAUGCAGAUGCCCAUUUGAGAUGGGCAAGUUUUAGUAUUUUAUUAUUUGGUACAUACGUGAUCGAAUAAAUAUGAUACCUGAUAGGUUAUGAAUUCGGAUUUCUAUAUUAAAUACAGACCAUUAGUACAACCUGUCAGCUGUCAUACAACAACAAAUGGAUUAUAAAUUGAAAUCCUUACACGCCGGUGACAAGACAAAGUGACUCCAGCUUAUGAAUUAGAUUAGUUACCAUCAAAUUUUAUAUUUCAACUUAAAUCGUUAUUAAAAAUAUUUUGCAUUUAAGUUUUAUCUGGUAAAUUCAAUAGAAAAAAAAGAAUGGAAUUGUAAAGUUUUUUAACAUCAUUUUAUUUACAGUCAAACUUUGUGACAGGUCAAGAAUUCAUCAUAGAUGGAGGAUGGAGCAUUUAAAAGAUUACCCAUUUAACAUAAUAUCUCUAUUUUAGAAUGGAUUAAAUAAUGUGUGGGUGGCCUUUCACUGUCUUAUGUGUUUGAGUGGCCUUUCACUGCCUUGUGUGUAUGGGAGGAGGGUAACAUUUGUCAAACAAAAUUAAAUAGUUUUAUAAUAUAAGUGUUGAUCAUGUGUACAUCAGGAGGUCUCAAGCUUUUUAUAGACUGAAUGUUACUUAUACAAAAGUUCCUCUUGGAACAUAUAAAUAACAUAAUAAUUAUUAUUAAGAAAUUCAUGUGCGUUUGCUUUUUAAAAAAAAUUAUCACAAAUGUCUUCAAUAUAAUCAGUUACAGUGGUGAAUUUUUUUUUAUUAUUCCAAAAAUGUAUUAAUUUUGGCUACUUACAGUGAAAAUGAUUUCCUACAAGAUACUUAAUUUGUAAAAUGCACCAAGAAGGUCAAAAACAAAUAUUUCGGUAAAAAAGUUGGAAAUUUAAAAAAAAGUAUUUAAUCUAAACAAAUGAGUUCUUUUUUUUUUCUUCAUCCUAAAGCAAAUUUAAUAUUUACUGACACUAGUGGACUCAAUGAGGGCAUUUUAAAACAAUAGGUAUAAUAAUUUCUCUUAAUGAAUUACUAGAAAAAAUAAUUGAGAGAAAUAAAUGUGGUGUUUUAUGUUUGUAAUGUAAUCAUUUCAUGUGUUACUAGCAAACUACUUAGGCAUCUUCUUUGAAGAAUUUAUUUCUUUACUCAGUUCACCCUUUAGCCCAAAUUUUCUUUUAAAUUAUUAUUUUUUUGGUUUCAUUUUGAGGCUUUAAGAUAAACCACUAAGGGGCUUUUCCAACAUUUAUUUCAAUUAAGAUUCACAAAUGUGAGUUAAAAGUUUUGAGAUUUUAUGUAUCCAGGAUUUCCCUUAUAUUUGCAAGCAAAUUCAUAACAAAAUUCAUCUAAAAAGAAACUUUGAAUAUUAUAGUUGUAAUAGAAAAACGGGAAAUGUAUGUGUGUAGGGCUACCCUAUGGGUUGCAGUUGCACAAAAUAAAAAAAAAAUGAUGUUGUUGUACAUUUGGUGACUUUACUUUGAAUAUCUCUUGCUUUGAGGGAUAAGCUCUUUUUAAGACAAAGCAAGAAGAUUCAUUUAUGUAUAUAAAAUUAAAAAAAAAAUUCCCCUUGCCCCAAAAGAAUCUAGCCACCGUUUAUGUGAUCUUUUUAACCAUAUGUAAUCAACAAGAUUCAUCAUAGGAAAAUAAAAUGUAGACAGAAUUAAUUUUGUUACUUUAUGCCAACCCUUGCUCUGUAAACCCUGUUGCUCACAUUAUUAGAAUGAAUCCUAAAAAAAAUAUUUCUAACAUUACAAUCAGGAAGAAAUAAGCAGCUCAGAGGGGAGGUUUUUAAAAUAACGAUUACAUUUUGUUUCCCACCACCUUUUCUAUUUUUUCAGCUCUUAUAUUACUGAAUACUCUCAAGAUAAAAACGUUUGUCUUAAUUAAAUUCAUUUUAAUCACAUUAAAUUUUAGUGUUGUCAGUUUUAUUGAAAAUAUGUUUUGAUUUGUGCAGCACAUUCUGUGUACAGUUUUAGGUAAAUCUUGGUCCUUGUAUGUGUAAUGGAAAAAAUUGGUCAUUUAAAAUUUACUUAUUUAUCAGCCCUCACUCAAAAUUUCAAUUUAUGCCACUGAAAAUAGUAGUCCUAUUCUUUCAGAGUCUUUGUUUGAAAAUUUUCAAAGAUGUGCUAAUUAAUAUACUGUUUUUCCACUGCCUUUUCUGUGUGGGUCCCUUGCCACAUCAAAUGAGUCACUCAGCUCGCUUGGCCUCUUCUUGGGGUAUUAAAAUGUCCUGUAUUAGCAAGAGUCAUGUGUCUGUAGGUGCAUAACAUCUGGUUGGUAUUUGUGGCUUACUAAAUUGUUUGCUAAAUAUUCUUAAUUUCUAAUUAAAUUUGAGAAAGGCAUUUUACCAUAUUUGUUUUAAUGUUAAAGAAGGCUGCAGCAAUAUCCAUUACAAAUUAUAAAACUAAUGAAUUGACAGUUGAUUAUAAUGGGAGUUUCUUCUUUUUAAAAUUUUCCAAUGCAGAUAGAUAGAGUGAGAGAGAGAGAAAUAGAGAAAUAAACAGAUAGAAAGAGAAAGAGAGAGAUAGCUUUAAUUUUACAAAAACAGUAGUACCUUGCCUUAUGAACUACUUUACAUAUAAACUUUUUGAGAUAUAAACUUUUUUCAUAUCCCAUAUUUUGACCUCUGCAUACAAAACUAGAAUUGAGAUAUGAACCACGAUUCACUACACUUGUGGGCAUGCCAUAUCUGUGGUGUUUAUUGUUACUAUGUCACAUUGUUUUUAGAAUAUGAUGUAAUGAGAAUUGUGUGUGACUGUGACGGAUGCUGCCAUACUUGAUUUUCUGUGCAUCUGUUUCAGUAUUUGUGUAAUAAAAAAAUUACAAUAAGUGAAAAGUUUUUAGGUUUGUAUUAAUUAUAUGUACUGUAUUUAUGUAUUUUUUGUGUGCUGUAUAUGGAAUGAAGACAAAAU